GUUCCCUUAUACAUAUAUCCAUACACCUUUGAUUGACAACUUCAACUUCAGAGUUGUAGCAGCAGAGCCUUAUAUUAUUUAUAAAGAUACGCUCAUCAACUUCAAAGGCAAUUAUAAUGACUACUAUUCUAACAGGGAUCUUGUUUGUGUCGAUGUGUCUUGCAAGUACUGCUGCAUUGUCAUAUUCAUUAGAAUCAGGAAAACACGAAUUCAUUACAGGAGAUAUAGUCAAAUACAACAAGCCAAUUUACAACGGUGGCGCUGCUGGUGUUGCUGCAUAUAACCCCUUGACGGGUGUAUUUACUACUCCAGCUACAGGUGGUACUUACUUAAUAUCUGUUACCUUGAUGUCUGGCUUUAAAUCCGCCCAUCUUACUGUAAGGAAGGGUCCCGCACCACCGGGGACGAAAGGACUUAUUUUGGGGUGGCUAUUCACUGAUAAAACCUUUAACAUAGCAUCACUAUCUAUCGACUAUGCUCUGGCAGACGGCGACACGAUUUGGGUAGAAAUUACCACUGGAACGGAACUUUUUGAUGUUUAUAACACUUUCAGCGUAGCAAAGAUAGCCGCCUAAAUAUAAUAUAAUAGUUCCUCAUAUCAGCCUAAAACAUAUAAUGGAACAAAACAUAUAAGCAGUGAAUUCUAUUAAAUAAAGUUUACCAUUUUUU